GUUUUCUCGAGACUGGUCAUUACAGUGUUCAAGGAGCGUGCCGUGUGUGUACUGAAGCGAAGAGCGUCAAACCGGGCUAUAGUUCAACGGAGGCGGAGAGACUGAGAGAGUGAGAGAUGUUUGGCAAGGCCACGACCAACCUGCUGUCGGAGGUCGACCCCGACGGCUCACUUGUGCCCGUGCGCCGACUAAACGACUCGGACAAGCUCUCGCCCCUCUCGCUGGUCAUCAAGCGGAACCGCUUCUUGUUCUGGCAGCGGCCCAAGUACCUUCCUACCGGGUUCACCCUCAAUGACCUGCUCCAACCCGGGAGCCAGCCCAUCCAGCCAGUGUUGGCGGAGAUGGACUUCCUGAAGUACUCGGGGACGUUCGGCGAGAAGAAGAGCAGCUCCCUGGAGACGGAGGUGGGGAACGCCAACGCACUGGAGGGCAAGGUGGCACUGGAGGGCAAGUCCUCGUCCAAACUGCAGUCCAGCUUUGGAACCCUCCGGAAACAGGAACUGGAUGUCUGUGCGCUGCUCCGAGACUCCAAAGACAAGAAGCUGGACGUGGAGCAUGAUCUGAUGGAGCAGGUGCGUGAGCGACGCAGGCGUGUGUUUGGAUUGGUCAGGGAACGAGUGUUCACCACGCAGGAGUGUUCUGUGAGUGAGGAAGUGGACGAGGCCACCACCUGCAGCGGCCUGGUCGGAUUUUUCACACCAGCCAAGAUCAAGGUGUCGGUGAAGCAUAGUGGAAAUCUGGAGGCUGAUAGUAACGUGUCUCUUACCAUCCCGGCCAACACCACCCUUGCCUACAGCCUCAUAGAGCUAGAUAUUAAAGCUAAAGGGAAAUACGAGUUGUGUCUGCUGCAGGACUUAAAGGGAGGCUUUGAGUCCGACUCCGUGGACACCGUGUCCAUAGCUCCCAUACGCUCAGACAAAGGAUCCCUGCUGACCGAUCUAGAGGAAGAGAGCAGACAGCUAUCUCCUCUGGCCUGUGAGCCAGCAGGCACUAGGACCACACUGCUUCAGUGGCUCUCUGAGCUGAUGAAGGAGCGGGCAGCACUGGACAGUCUGGAGCAAGCGCUAGAGGACCGGUGUGGCAAUGUGACCCUUGACCUACGCUUGCUGGACCCAACCCCAACCCUGAAAGCCCAGGUGACCUCCGUCCUGCAGCUACUCCCGCCUGAUGCUCCUCAAGCCCUCCUCUCCGCCACACACCUGCUGGUCAGCGCGCUGGACGAAAUGUCCGAUGAGGGGCUGACUGCUCUAUCUUCCUGCUGUACCCCUCCUGUCCUGCAGGCUUUACAGCGACUGGUGCGAAGGUUGGCGUCCGAGGGGGCGUGUUCUCCAGUGGACCCCGUCCUGGCUCAGGAGGCGAUCUUCCCGCAGGUGCAGUGUCUAUUCGCCGCCUCAGGCGUCAAUCUGCACAGAGAUGCGGAGACUGUGAAGGCAGAGGGCGGGGCCUUGACAGGAUGCCUCCCAUUGGUUAUGGGCAUCGCAGUCACAGGAUUGGCUGCUUUGGGAGAGAACAAGUGAGGGGAAGAAAAGAAGGGCAGAGAAGAGGAGGAGCAGAGGAGGAGAGAAAGAUGGAAGGAUGAUGGAAGGAUAGGGAAGUGGAAUAGGAGAGAGGGAUGGAAAAGGAGAAG